UUGUGUGUGUUGAUGUGUCAAGAGGGCUAUGGACACUUUGUUUUGACUCCUCCCAUUGUCUCGUCACACUGUCCAAUAUGGCGGCGUCCAUGGCGAGGACCUGCUCCCGGUUGUUUCGCUUUCAAUCAUGUGUUCGUCGGAAGCUAUCGCCUCGUUAUUUGGCCUUCAACGAGAACUUCCACAGUUCCCCUGCCUUGCACAGUGGACUGCUGCUAUCGUUGAACAAACGAGGAGUUUUGAAGGAGUCUUUCCCCGAGGACGCUGCGCACGAUCAGCUCGCCCGUGUGCUGGAGUCCGGCGGUCAGACGGUUUACUGCGGCUUUGACCCCACGGCCGACAGCCUUCACGUGGGAAACCUGCUGGCGAUCAUUGGCCUCCUGCAUUUCCGAAGUGCGGGACACCAUGUCCUCGCUGUUAUCGGCGGGGCUACUGCUCAGAUCGGAGAUCCGAGUGGGAAGACGAGUGAGAGAGAGCGCAUCUCUGCUGACACCCUUGAAGGGAACACACACAGCAUCAGGGAGAGCAUCCAGAGAAUUUUCACCAAUCACGAGUUGAACUUUCAUGACAGCAGCGCCAAGAAAAAGAUGGGCACAGUGACUGUACUCAAUAAUAUGUCCUGGUACAAGGACUGGAACGUAGUGGGCUUUUUGUCGGAGGCUGGAAGACAUUUCCGAAUGGGGACGAUGCUCAGUCGCCACAGUGUGCAAUCAAGACUCAAAAGCGAGGAUGGCAUGAGCCUGACCGAGUUCACAUACCAGGUGUUCCAAGCCUAUGACUUCUAUCACUUGAACCAAAUAUAUGGCUGCAAGAUCCAGCUCGGAGGCAGCGACCAGCUAGGCAAUCUCAUGUCUGGCCACGAGUACAUUCGCAAAGUGUGUGGUGAGGAGGUGUUUGGGCUGACCCUCCCCCUGGUGACCAGCUCGGUGGGGGACAAGCUGGGGAAGACGGCCGGGAACGCCGUGUGGCUGAACAGAGAGCGGACCACACCGUUUGAGCUGUACCAAUACUUCCUCCGUCAGCCUGACAACAUUGUCGAACGGUACCUGAAGCUGUUCACCUUCCUGCCCCUGGGGGAGGUGCAGGGGCUGAUGGAACAGCAGCGGCUGGACCCGGGGAAGAGGCUGGCCCACAAGCGGCUGGCGGCGGAGGUCACCAAGCUGGUGCACGGCAAGGAGGGCCUGGAGAGCGCCAAGAGGUGCACCAACGCGCUGUACAACAGCAGUGUGCAGGCCCUGGAGCAGAUGAGCGAAGAGGAGCUCCAGGAGCUCUUCCACCAGGCCCCAUUCCACGAGCUGCUGCUGGAGCCCGGCUCCACGGUGAUGGACGUCUGCCGCCGGGUCCAGGCCGUCCCCGACGGACCCAAAGGGUACCGUAUGGUCACGGAGGGAGCCGUAUGGAUCAACCACACCCGCUCGGACAAGCCGGAGCAGGUCUUGAUACCCAAGGUCCACGUCCUGUCAAAUGGACUGAGCCUUCUCCGGGUGGGCAAGAAGAACUUCUACAUCAUCAAGUGGCUCGGACUAUGAGCUGGAAAGCCUCUUAGGACAACCGGGGGGGGAAAGAACAAGCUCACACUCCACAAGAUUUUCACUCUGUUGGACUUAGCGUGGAGGUAGGGAUGAUUAGUCCUGGCUGGGCCAACAGUUGAACAAUGAUAAAUGGAUGGAUGGGUGGAAUGACAGACAAAGAUGUUGAGUCAAAUUGUUGGCCCAUGCACAUGUAUUACAUGUGUUAACGUAUAUAUAUAUAUAUAUAUAUAUAUAUAUAUAUAUAUAUAUAUAUAUAUAUAUGUAUAUGUGUGUAUAUAUAUAUAUAUAUAUAUGUGUAUAUAUAUAUAUAUAUAUAUAUAUGUAUAUAUGUAUAUAUAUAUAUAUAUAUAUGUAUAUGUGUGUGCAUAUAUAUAUAUAUAUGUGUAUAUGCAUGUAUAUAUAUAUAUGUAUGUAUAUAUAUAUAUAUAUAUGUGUAUGUGUGUGUGUGUAUGUGUGUGUGUGUGUGUGUGUGUUUAAGUGUGGCCCAGAUUCUUGAUUAAAAAAAUCUAUUAUGAUGUUACGGUUGUAUGAAAUAGGAUGUUUUUACAUAAAUUGGAAUAUUAGUAGCAGUUCUCAAACAUUACCACUAGUGGGCAGUCUUGUUCCAGAUAUUGGAAGCAGGCAAAAAUUGCUUGGGUUGGCUUCUAGGGAGAGAAGUACUAUUUCCCCCAAAAAGGAUACGCCUAAUAAUUGUUUAAAAGGUAAUAUUUCUGUGAUAUAUUUAUUGAUGAUAGACUCUAUCCAUUGUAUCAUGAAUCCGGAAAUAUAAUCUAAUUUGACCACUUGGUUGUAUUUUUCCAUGGACUGAAGUUGUAUCCCUAGAUUAGAACUGGUAUAAUUAAAUUAAACUGUUUUUACAAUAAUUAAUCUAUUAUCAUUUGUAAGUCAUCUAUAUAUUUUUAUCUGAGAUCUUUGUCAAAUUUAUUAAAUAAUUGGUUUCAACUAAGCAACAUUUGAAGAAAGGAACACGUUUUUUAAUGUGUUUGGCAUAGGACUCAUUCGACCUGUCGAACUCGACCCUACUCUAGAGAAGCGAUGUCCAGUUUCUAAACGUAAAUUUUUUUUGUCGAGGUAUUUAUAUUUAGACAAUGGGUACACUUACGAUGGAUUAUUAAUUACCGAACAAAAUGUUAUGUACAUCAAUUUAUAAAGAAUUCUUUGUCCGGGGUAAAUUAUGUCAAGUUGCGUCAUACUCCAGUGUGUUUUGUUGAUCGUGUCGUG